CGUGGGGCGUGAGCACCGCCUCCCCUCCCGAGCGCGCGGCCACUCAGCGUGCACCUCCUGGGGGGGCGUGGGGGCGGCAGGCACCGGCGGCAGCUGCGCCGCUCAGCUCGAGGAGUCCCCGGGCGCGGGCGCCUGUGAGCAUGGCCCGGGCUGUGUGGGGCGCGCGUGCCCGCUGGCCGGGGCUCCCCUCUGAGCAGCCACAGCUACUGCAGCUCCCCGGGGGCCCGCCCCAUCGGCACCGCUGAGGCAAAGGGCAGGCAGACAGGCUGCCCUCCCCCAUUCAAGCUGAGAUCAUGACGGUCCCCAAGGAGAUUCCCGAGAAGUGGGCCCGGGCGGGGGCGCCUCCCUCUUGGAGCCGAAAGAAGCCCUGCUGGGGGACAGAAGAAGAAAGGAGGGCGCGGGCUAAUGACCGAGAAUACAAUGAGAAAUUCCAGUAUGCGAGUAACUGCAUCAAAACCUCCAAGUACAAUAUUCUUACGUUCCUGCCCGUCAACCUCUUUGAGCAGUUCCAGGAAGUUGCCAACACUUACUUCCUGUUCCUUCUCAUUUUGCAGUUGAUCCCACAGAUCUCCUCCCUGUCCUGGUUCACCACCAUAGUGCCUUUGGUUCUUGUCCUCACCAUCACAGCUGUGAAAGACGCCACUGAUGACUAUUUUCGCCACAAGAGUGAUAACCAAGUGAAUAACCGUCAGUCUCAGGUGCUGAUCAAUGGAAUCCUUCAGCAAGAGCAGUGGAUGAAUGUCCGUGUGGGGGAUAUUAUCAAGCUAGAAAAUAACCAGUUUGUGGCGGCGGAUCUCCUCCUGCUCUCCAGCAGUGAGCCGCACGGGCUGUGCUACAUCGAGACGGCAGAACUCGAUGGAGAGACCAACAUGAAAGUGCGUCAGGCAAUUCCGGUCACCUCGGAACUCAGUGACAUCAGUAAGCUUGCCAAAUUUGAUGGCGAAGUGAUCUGUGAACCCCCCAACAACAAGCUGGACAAGUUCCGCGGCACCCUCUACUGGAAGGAGAGCAAGCUCCCCCUGAGCAACCAAAAUAUGCUGCUGCGGGGCUGUGUGCUGCGCAACACCGAGUGGUGCUUCGGCCUGGUCAUCUUCGCAGGUCCAGACACUAAACUGAUGCAGAACAGUGGCAGGACAAAGUUCAAGAGAACAAGUAUUGACCGCCUAAUGAAUACCCUGGUGCUGUGGAUUUUUGGAUUCCUGGUCUGCAUGGGGGUGAUCCUUGCCAUUGGCAAUGCCAUCUGGGAGCAUGAGGUCGGGACGCGCUUCCAGGUCUACCUGCCGUGGGAUGAGGCGGUGGACAGUGCCUUUUUCUCUGGCUUCCUCUCCUUCUGGUCCUACAUCAUCAUCCUCAACACCGUCGUGCCCAUCUCACUCUAUGUCAGUGUGGAAGUCAUCCGCCUGGGCCAUAGCUACUUCAUCAACUGGGAUAAGAAGAUGUUCUGCAUGAAGAAGCGGACACCGGCGGAAGCUCGCACCACCACCUUGAAUGAAGAGCUGGGCCAAGUGGAGUACAUCUUCUCUGACAAGACGGGCACCCUCACGCAGAACAUCAUGGUCUUCAACAAGUGCUCCAUCAAUGGCCGCAGCUACGGUGACGUGUUUGAUGUCCUGGGACACAAGGCGGAACUGGGGGAGAGGCCUGGGCCUGUUGACUUCUCCUUCAAUCCUCUUGCUGACAAGAAGUUCUUAUUUUGGGACCCCAGCCUUUUGGAGGCUGUCAAGAUGGGAGACCCUCACACACAUGAGUUCUUCCGCCUCCUUUCUCUGUGUCACACUGUCAUGUCAGAGGAAAAGAGUGAAGGAGAGCUGUACUACAAAGCCCAGUCCCCAGACGAGGGGGCCUUGGUCACUGCAGCCAGAAACUUUGGCUUCGUGUUCCGCUCUCGCACCCCUAAAACAAUCACCGUCCACGAGCUGGGCACGGCCAUCACCUACCAGCUGCUGGCCAUCCUGGACUUCAACAACAUCCGCAAGCGGAUGUCAGUCAUAGUGCGGAACCCGGAGGGGAAGAUCCGACUCUACUGCAAAGGGGCUGACACCAUCCUGCUGGAAAGACUCCACCACUCCACCCAGGAGCUGCUCAACACCACUGCUGACCACCUGAAUGAGUACGCGGGGGAAGGACUGCGGACCCUGGUACUGGCCUAUAAGGAUCUGGAUGAAGAGUACUAUGAAGAGUGGGCUGAGAGACGGCUCCAGGCCAGCCUGGCACAGGACAGCCGGGAGGACAGGCUGGCUAGUGUCUACGAGGAGGUCGAGAGUGACAUGAUGCUGCUAGGUGCAACGGCCAUUGAGGACAAGCUUCAGCAGGGAGUUCCUGAAACCAUCGCUCUCCUGACACUUGCCAACAUCAAGAUUUGGGUUCUGACCGGAGACAAACAAGAGACGGCUGUGAACAUUGGCUAUUCCUGCAAGAUGCUGACAGACGACAUGACGGAGGUGUUCAUCGUCACGGGCCACACCGUCCUGGAGGUGCGGGAGGAGCUCAGGAAAGCCCGGGAGAAGAUGAUGGACUCAUCCCGUGCUGCAGGCAAUGGCUUCACCUACCAGGAAAAACUGUCUUCUUCCAAGCUCACCUCCGUCCUGGAAGCUGUGGCUGGCGAGUACGCCCUGGUCAUCAAUGGUCACAGCCUGGCCCACGCACUGGAGGCAGACAUGGAGCUGGAGUUCCUGGAGACAGCAUGUGCCUGCAAAGCUGUUAUCUGCUGCCGGGUGACACCCCUGCAGAAGGCCCAGGUGGUAGAGCUGGUUAAGAAGUACAAGAAGGCUGUGACGCUUGCCAUUGGGGAUGGAGCCAACGAUGUCAGCAUGAUCAAAACGGCUCACAUUGGUGUAGGCAUCAGUGGGCAGGAAGGGAUCCAGGCUGUUCUAGCCUCCGAUUACUCCUUCUCCCAGUUCAAGUUCCUGCAGCGCCUCCUGCUGGUGCAUGGGCGCUGGUCCUACCUGCGUAUGUGCAAGUUCCUCUGCUACUUCUUCUAUAAGAACUUCGCUUUCACCAUGGUCCACUUCUGGUUUGGCUUCUUCUGUGGCUUCUCAGCUCAGACCGUAUAUGACCAGUAUUUCAUCACCCUGUAUAACAUUGUGUACACCUCCCUCCCAGUCCUGGCUAUGGGGGUCUUUGAUCAGGAUGUCCCCGAGCAGCGGAGCAUGGAGUACCCCAAGCUGUACGAGCCAGGUCAGCUGAACCUGCUCUUCAACAAGCGGGAGUUCUUCAUCUGCAUCGCCCAGGGCAUCUACACCUCCGUGCUCAUGUUCUUCAUCCCCUAUGGGGUGUUUGCUGAGGCCACGCGGGAUGACGGAACUCAACUGGCCGACUACCAGUCUUUUGCAGUCACUGUGGCCACGUCGCUGGUCAUCGUGGUCAGUGUGCAGAUUGGACUGGAUACCGGCUACUGGACAGCUAUCAAUCACUUCUUCAUCUGGGGAAGCCUCGCUGUCUACUUUGCCAUCCUCUUUGCCAUGCACAGCAAUGGGCUCUUUGACAUGUUCCCAAACCAGUUCCGGUUUGUAGGAAACGCCCAGAACACGCUGGCGCAGCCCACAGUGUGGCUGACCAUUGUGCUCACCACCGUCGUCUGCAUCAUGCCUGUGGUCGCCUUCCGUUUCCUCAGGCUCAACCUGAAGCCGGAUCUCUCCGACACGGUUCGCUACACUCAGCUGGUAAGGAAGAAGCAGAAGGCUCAGCACCGCUGCAUGCGGCGGGUUGGCCGCACAGGGUCCCGGCGCUCUGGUUACGCCUUCUCCCACCAGGAGGGCUUCGGGGAGCUCAUCAUGUCCGGCAAGAACAUGCGGCUCAGCUCCCUCGCGCUGUCCAGCUUUACCACCCGUUCCAGCUCCAGCUGGAUCGAGAGCCUGCGCAGGAAGAAGAGCGACAGUGCCAGCAGCCCCAGCAGUGGGACUGACAAGCCCCUCAAGGGGUAAAGGCCAGGACCGAGAUGCCCCGAGUUGGUGACCAGAUCACUCAGGGCUGGCUGGUCACCAAGGGGACAAUGGCUCAGAACUGCUGGUCCUCGCUCCUUGCCUACCCUGGUAGACUGUGCUGCCGGGCUCCCCAGCUGCUGGGCAUCCAUCCCCUGGCUGAGGCCCCUCCUGCUGAUGAAGGAGGUAAGGGGAGUGGGUCCGGAGAGCAAAGCGGGGGCUGAGGCCGAGGGCUCUGAUGUGGAACCAAAACCAAG